CAGGUGAAGAUGUCCAAGCGCCCGGCAGAAGAACAAGAGAAUGGCGGCGUGUCGUUGAAGGGUGGAGAGCGCCCGGGACAAGGCGAGCUGGAAGAUGAGUUGGGAGAGUUCGAGGACGAGUUCGAGGAUGAAUAUGAGAGCGAGGAUGAGAUUCUUGAGGCGGGCGUGGAUGGCAGACCGGAUGCUGAAAGAGAAGCUGAAGAGAAGACCGAAGCUAUGGACGUGGACCAGCAGACAUUCAUAGUUGGCAGAAAUAAGCUGGAACCUGGCCAGACAUUAUCCCCAGAUCUUUCGACUUAUGAGAUGUUACAUGCGCUGAGUACACCUUGGCCCUGUCUUUCCUUCGAUAUUGUGAAGGAUAGUUUGGGAGACAACCGGAAGACCUACCCCGCCACGAUGUACGCUGUUGCAGGAACCCAAGCAGACAGGAAACGAGAAAAGGAAAACCAAUUGAUGGUUAUGAAGUUUAGCGGUCUUAGUAGGAUGGAGAGGGAGCAGGAUGAUGAGGAUUCGUCUGACGACGAGGACGAGGACGCAGAUCCAAUACUCGAGUCCACUUCAAUACCGCUCACAUCUACCACCAACCGAAUCCGCGCUCACCAAACUCCUUCUUCAAACUCUUCACAGCCUCCAACAACCUUGACGGCUUCAAUGAUGGAGUCGGGCCAAGUUCUCAUCCACGACGUUACCCCCCAUCUCGCCUCCUUUGAUACCCCUGGCACUGUUAUCACCCCACAACAAAACAAAGCCAUAUCUACACUUCGAAUGCACAAGACCGAAGGCUACGCAGUAGAUUGGUCCCCCCUCGUGUCAACCGGAAAGCUCUUAACCGGCGACAAUAAUGGAGGCAUAUAUGUCACCACACGUACAGCUGGCGAAGGUUGGGCAACCGACUCGAGGCCUUUCACUGGUCAUGAAGGCAGUGUCGAGGAACUCCAAUGGAGCCCUUCUGAGCGGAACGUCUUUGCGUCUGCAUCGAGUGAUGGGACUAUCAAGGUGUGGGAUGUGCGGAGUAAGAGUAGAAAAGCAGCACUCAGUAUUCAAGUCAGCAAUACAGACGUGAAUGUCAUGUCUUGGUCUCACCAAACCACACAUCUCCUCGCUUCAGGUGCGGACGACGGUGUUUGGGCUGUUUGGGAUCUGCGUCAGUGGAAGCCAAAUACUUCUUCAUCAGCACCGUCGAAACCUACACCUGUGGCCAGCUUCAACUUCCACAAAGAGCAAAUCACCAGCGUGGAAUGGCAUCCGACAGAUGAUAGCAUUGUAGCUGUUGCGGCUGGCGAUGAUACCUUAACUUUGUGGGAUCUGGCGGUAGAGCUCGACGACGAGGAGAGCAAGGAUACCGGUGGAGUAAAUGAGGUGCCUCCUCAGUUACUGUUUGUCCACUACAUGGAGAAGGCUAAGGAGCUGCAUUUCCACCCACAGAUACCUGGCUGCUUGGUUGGUACUGGCGAGGCCUUCAAUGUGUUUAAGACCAUCAGUGUGUAGUACGAAACACAGAUAACAUUGGCAAGUUCCGUGACUCCUUUUCAGAAAAUCAAGUUGAUGUGCACUCACGUGAUGAGUAUCUCAGGUCUCUGGAGCGCUGCUGGCGACAAAAGUGAGGUGGCCUGGUACUGAGGCUGAUAGACGGUCGGACGGAGGGUCCUCA